GGAGCGGAAGUCACUCCGUGAGGCAGUGGCGACAGCGAGAGGAUGAACAACAAGUUCGACGCAUUGAAAGAUGAUGACAGUGGUGACCAUGAUCAGAAUGAAGAAAACAGCACACAGAAAGAUGGUGAGAAGGAAAAAAUGGAACGGGACCAAAGUCAGAGCAGCAGCAAGAGGAAGGCUGUUGUCCCGGAACCAGCAGAGCAUCCCUUGCAGUACAACUACACUUUCUGGUACUCCAGGAGAACCCCCGGCCGACCCACCAGCUCACAGAGCUAUGAACAGAAUAUCAAACAGAUUGGCACCUUUGCUUCUGUGGAGCAAUUCUGGAGGUUUUACAGCCACAUGGUACGUCCUGGGGACCUGACAGGCCACAGUGACUUCCAUCUCUUCAAAGAAGGAAUUAAACCCAUGUGGGAGGAUGAUGCAAAUAAAAAUGGUGGCAAGUGGGUUAUUCAGCUGCGGAAGGGCUUGGCAUCGCGUUGCUGGGAGAAUCUCAUCCUGGCCAUGUUGGGGGAACAGUUCAUGGUUGGGGAGGAGAUCUGUGGGGCUGUAGUCUCUGUCCAGUUUCAGGAGGACAUUAUUUCAAUAUGGAAUAAGACUGCCAGCGACCAAGCAACCACAGCCCGAAUCCGGGAUACGCUUCGGCGAGUGCUUAAUCUACCUCCCAACACCAUUAUGGAAUACAAAACCCACACCGACAGCAUCAAGGACAAUUCAAGCUUUCGAAAUACAAAAAUCACAUUGUGAACGUACACAAGCUGGCAAUAAUCCUUUUCCUUAAGUAUGUGUGUGUUUGUCCGAAAUGGAUGGGAGGUCUCCAGCUGGUCCUUCCAUCUGCUUACUGAAGGGACGUCCCUUUUGCACUCAUUCCUGGAGGAUGGAUUCUGCUAGACACCCUCCAGCAUCGCUGACUUUAUAAAGUGGAAAGAUGGCAAACGUGA